AUGCUCGCCGCCAACGCCCUCGCCCUCCUCGCCCUCGCCGGCUCCGUCUCUGCCAACGGUAUCUCCCUCGCCCUCGGCACCCGCAUCAACCUCGGCGCCCCCGUCCACAUCAAGGCCAGCGCCUCCGCCAGCAUAAAGAGCUCCUGCACCGGCAAGGGUGACUUCAUCACUGAACUCUUGGGUGCCGCCCUCUGUUGUUCGUCUGAAACCCGUACCACCCCCGAGUCGAGCUUGACCUGUCCCUUCAACUGGGGUAUGCACAAGACUGCCAAGUGCUGUAUUCCUCAACAAGAAAGCUCGGCUUGUGAUUGCGGCGAAGGCUACACCUUCAACGAGCAGACUAAAAAGUGCGCCAAAAACUCGGGCUCCUGCUCUUCCUCCCAAUGGUGGCACGAGCGAUCCAGCUCUUGCUGUGACAACUCGUGGGAGACGUCGCCCCCCAAGGGCACCUGUCCCUCUGGCGUCUCUUGCCCCACCGACUGGUUCUGGCACAAGAAGGAGAGCAAGUGCAAGCCCCUCCACCCCCGUGCGCCCGAGCCCGACUGCAGCGACUGGAACAGCAACACCCAUUGUUGUGGUGGUUCCUCUCCUUCCCAGGCUGCUUCCAACGAGGGUCACGGCAAGCGAACAUUCAAGGCCCGAGAGCAGACUGCCCUCUUCCCUCAGACUGCUCUUGACAGGACUUAUUGCCCCAACGGUCUUCACGCUUGUACCGUCAACGGCAACACUGGCGGCGAGUGGUCUUACGAGUGCAUCGACCCUAUUGUCGAGCUCGAAGCCUGCGGUGGUUGUCUCGAGAAUGGCGGACAAGACUGCACCAACAUUGCGCACGCCUUGUCUGUCGGAUGCUCUGUCGGCACUUGUGAAGUAUUCUCUUGCAAGUAUGGCUUCAAGCCUUCUGCCAACGCCACCGAGUGCAUCGCCGUCUAA